CAGCUGACACACUGGACAGGACCGUUGCUUGCAUCAAAGAUAGUUAACUCUGUGCCGCUUGCAUCGUGCUAUACCUUAGUGGCGUGCAAAGCUAUUAGCUAGUAACAGAGAAAAGAAGAAAGAUCCGGGAAAGGGGUGUCGUCUGAAAGCUGGAAACUGUGAAAGGAACAACUGAACGUCACCUCAGAGAGUGUUGUACAUCCAAGUGGGUAUUUUGUGAGGGGAAUCGCUGAGAGACCAGAGGGGCUGAGAUCAGAGGCAGCGCCACCACAACGCCAUAAUGUACAAGGACUACAGAUCAGGACGAGCAGCAGGACUGAACCCGCUGUCCUUUGACCCGUCCUCCAACAACGAACCCCUGCAGUUCAGCAACUCCAACGGUCCGCUGGUGUCAGACUGUCCCCUGGAGAACGGAGCUGAGAACAGCAUUAAGAGGAAGAGACCCAGCCUGCCUCCAGAAGGGAUUCGUAACAUGUCAAUGGACUCCAGCCCCAUGCCGAUGCCCAUGUCAGACCCCAACGCCUGGGCCACAGCCAUGAACAACCUUGGCAUGGCUCCCAUGAGCAUGACGGGACAGCCCCUUAUGUCAGAUUUUGACUCAGGCCUUGGCAUGAUGCCAGGCAUGAACCCCAUGAUGCCAGGCCUUGGUUACGUGCCCCCACCUCCCCUGCCCCAUGAUCUGCCCAUCGUCAAGGAAAUCAUUCACUACCAGAGCUGCACCCUCUUCCCCCCAAACCCAAACCUUCCCUUUCCGGCCAUGAGGGAGCGCCCUCCCGGCUGUAAGACUGUGUUUGUGGGCGGUCUGCCAGAGAACGCCACCGAGGCGCUCAUCGUGGAGGUAUUCGGCCAGUUGGGUGAGAUCAUCGCCAUCCGCAAGAGCAAGAAGAACUUUUGCCACAUCCGAUUUGCAGAAGAGUUCACUGUGGACAGAGCCCUCUUCCUGUCUGGCUACCGUAUGCGUCUGGGCUCCAGUACAGACAAGAAGGACACGGGGCGGCUCCAUGUGGACUUUGCCCAGGCCAGAGAUGACCUGUAUGAGUGGGAGUGUCGUCAGCGCAUGUAUGCCAGAGAGGAGAGACACCGCAGGCGGAUGGAGGAGGACCGUUUCAGACCCCCCUCCCCUCCACCCAUCGUCCAUUACUCAGACCACGAGUGUAGCCAGCUGGGGGACAAGAUCAAAGAUGAGGCAGAGUUUGCGGAGGCGGUGCACGUGCUGCUGACCUGGGUGGAACGCGGUGAGGUGAACCGUCGUAACGCCAACAACUUCUACUCCAUGAUCCAGUCGUCCAACAGCCACAUCCGCCAGCUGAUGAGUCAGAAGGCCGCCCACGAGAAGGAGUUGGAGGCGGCCAAGGACAAGUUCAAGACCGCCCUGUCUGGCAUCCUGGCACAAUUUGAGCAGAUUGUGUCUGUAUUCCACGCUGCUUCCAAACAAAAGGCAUGGGACCAUUUCUCCAAAGCUCAACGCAAGAACCUGGACGUGUGGCGCAAGCAAGCAGAGGAGAUCAGAAACAUGCAGAAUGAAGAGCUGAUGGGGAUCAGACGAGAGGAGGAGAUGGAGAUGUCUGACGAUGACAUGGAGGAUACACACGAUCCUGACGACUCAGGCCCUGUGGCCCAGGUGGAGGCCCUAAAGGAAGAGAAUGACUCUCUGCGCUGUCAGCUGGAUGCCUACAGGAACGAGGUGGAGCUACUGAAGCAGGAGCAGGGCAAGAACCAAGAACACACACCUCCACAACACAGUGAAGAGGACACCAUCAGGCAGCAACAACUAACCUUUCUACAACAGGCACUACAGGGAAUGCAGAAGCAACUGCUGAAGAUGUGUGAAGAAAUGAAACAGAGGGAGGCGGAGCUGGAGAAGAGUGUGGAGGACAAACAGCAGCUUGAGAGCCAAGUACAGAGUCUCAAGGAAGGACUGGAGAGUCUGAAGAAAACACGCACACCACAGCUGGAGACAUCACCGCGAGAUGACAGAGGGAGCGAGGAGAGUGCUGAUCAAGUCAAUCUGGAGACAUCACCGCGAGAUGACAGAGGGAGCGAGGAGAGUGCUGAUCAAGUCAAUGAGGCGACAGCGUUAGAAGUGGUUUCCUGCAGUCAGGAGAAGGAGAGUCUGCCCCCAGAGAAGAUUCCCUCCAGUCCUGUUUACUCUGAGAGAGAGGCCUUGCUAGUUGGGAUCAUCUCUACGUUCCUCCAUGUCCACCCGUUUGGAGCCAGCAUCGAGUACAUCUGCUCUUAUCUACAGCAGCUGGACUCCAAGAUAAACACCGGACAGGUGGGGGCUCUACUGGGUCGGCUGCCCUGUACCUUCAGACAGGAGCUGACAGGGGUGGGCGCCAGCCUGGAGAAACGCUGGAAGUUCUGUGGUUUCGAGGGCAUCAAGACCACAUAGAGCAUUACAGAGACACGGAUGACAUCACAGGGACACAGAAGAAACAGCAUUUAGAUCUCACAGUCCUAUGAGGAUAUUGUUUUAUGGGGACCGGCACUGGUCCCUUGGCUGUUGCUAACCAGUCCCUGUGAGGGUUAACUGAUCUUGAUUUAGUCAGUUCUUAAGUGCUAGUUAUAAUGUAAACAGUUUGCUGGUCCCUGUCACAAAUAAGGUUGAGAAACACUGGCAUAGAACUCUGACUGUAUUAUGAGGACACAGAAGUAACAACAUAGAACUCAGACUGUACUUCACAUGGGCAGGCCGGACCGUUCUCAGAACCUCUAAUUGGUUAACUCUGCUGUCACUCAACCAGGACUAAUACCCAGGGAGGUUAUCAGGGUCUGCUGAACAUUUUCAACCUCCAACCCCUCUGGCCUCUCACUCUCUUUUCUUUCCUUGUUUGUACAAUUCUGAGUAAAAAUGGAUAUAUUUCUUCAUUUUCUGUAAAGGCUGUUAAAGGGAUACUUCUGGAUUUUGGCAAUGAAGCCCUUGAUCUACUUCCCCAGAGUCA